AUGUGUCCAAUGAACCCCAUUCUCCUUCAUUCAGUGACGAUGUAUUUACAACAGCGUAUUCCACUCGCUUUUCUCUGUGCCUCUCCAGAGACGCGUUUCGCAGCGGAACAACGACUUCUCUUCACGGAACUAAACAGUGAAAAUAUGGACAUUGAGAACUCUGGUGUAGUCGUUGGGGAUGCAGUUGUUUACAUAGUAAAUACAGCACAGAGACUACAUCGAUAUAUUAAACUACGACACUACACAACAAGAGAAGAAAAAACACUUCAAUGUAUGGCUUGGUGGUUAAGCCGACCAAUUGGGGAAGAAGAACAACUUUUACCUCUCUCUGUAUUAAUUGAAUGCCCAGUUCAGAAAGGUAAAAAUGCAUUAAAUGUACUUUUUUCUCUCCCUGGUCUUGUUGAGGUACAUUUCUCACAAUGUGAUAAUAUGACGAAUAGUAAUGCUCUUAUUAGUCUACCGUCACCUCGACUUCCUGAUCUCUCAAGUAAUGCAGUGAUUGAAAAUGGAUACUUGCAGUUUUCUCAUUAUCAUGCACUCUGCGAUCUUAGUCUGGCACAAUGUCGUGGCUUUACACGUCUCUGUGGACUUCCCACCGCCUCAUCUCUUCACACAAUUGAUCUCUCCUUUACAAGUGUGAAUGAUGAUGGUAUAUUACUAUUGGCGGAAUCAAAGAGUUUGCGGAAUGUGCGGUUGAUGGGAUGUGUGGAAAUUACGAAUGUAAAUGCCAUGGCCCGUAUGAUUACAUUAGAACGAUUGGACCUCACAUCCUGUGGGGAACUCACAAAUGAUGGUAUUGCCGGACUUGGGAAGAGUAACAGUUUACGAGAAGUAAUUCUUCGCUAUUGCAAAGGUAUCACAGAUGUUAACAGCGUAACGGAAGCUCCGUCUCUAUUACAUCUCUGUGUGGCUCGUAGUAGUUUAACACAGAGUGGAAUAGCCUCUAUUGGUAGUAAUAAUAACAACAAUAAUGGGAUGAGUUUACAACAUCUUGACUUGACUGGCUGCCGGGGAGUAAAAUCUGUGGGUCAUUUAGCCUGUGCAGUUUCACUAUGUUCAUUAGAUGUAUCAUGGGCAAAUGUAAAGCGUGAUGCUCUUUUGGGUUUAAUAGACUCACAAUGUUUAGAAGUACUGCGAAUAGCAGGAAAUCCAUUACGUAGUAUUUCCCCAUUACGCCAUAUGCAGUUAUUGUUGGAUGUGGAUAUCAGCGAUACGAAUAUAGGCGAUGAUGAUAUUAUUGUACUCGCUACAAUGAAAGCAUUGCGGCAUGUUACUAUACGGCAUUGUCGACAUGUUACUUCCAUCAACGCUCUUGCAGUACUUCCUGCACUUGAGAGUAUAGAUGUAACAUCAUCUGCGAUAGUGAAUGCUGGUAUUACUGCGUUAAAUACAGCAUUCUCUCUUACGGAACUACAUCUUUCCCACUGCAAAGGUAUCUCUAUUGUGAGUACACUGGCAGAGUGUGAAAGACUAAAGAUACUUCACUUGGAUGGUACACAAGUAACAGAUGAGAACAUCACACACCUUGCAGGCAGCAGAAGUCUAACAGAGAUUGAUUUCAGUCAUUGUUCACAGUUAAGUAAUAUCAACACAUUGGCCACUAUCUCUACACUGCGGAUGGUGGAUGUAUCGUUUACAGGCGUCACAAGUGAUGGCUGCAGUGCACUACUGAGGAAUUCUACCAUUCAUAUACGUGGUGUGUUGGGAUUGUAUGCUGAAGGAACACCUGCAAACAAAAAAAGCACAGAAUAA